GCGGUGGUCACGCUGCCGGCAGCGAGAGGAAGGGGAGUUAUGGAUGGAGAGGAUGGUGGAGGGACCAGGGAAAAGGGGUGAUUUGGGAUAGGGUCAAAGGGAAGCCAACCUACUGAGGGUUUAAUUAUUGUCAAAGAAGAGUGAGACAUGAGAACGGUAGAGAAAGGAAGCAGAUAUUGAGGGUUGGGGGCUGCAGGGUAUUACAAAUCGGGCAGCUGAGAAGGCCCUGAGGCUGAGGGCUCCUCUGUGAGGCCGUACCCCUGGGUCCCCAAGCCAAAAUGUUCCCAGAACAAAGCUGUUCUGUUGGUUUGUUUGUCUGAGUUGGGGGAAGCAUGUUGGGGGUGGGGUAGCUCACUGUAGAGGGGCUGUUCUCCGCCCCAGACAGUGGGAAGGCCUUGGCUAAGGAACUGAUUGGUGCCCUGGCCUCCGGUAGCUCCGUGACAGUGAUGGCGGUGUCGGCAGGAGGCUUGGACAGCCCCCCUUCCCCACUUGAAGCCCGGCCCUCCUGGGCCCCUUGACCCUACAGGGCAUGUAGGGUGUGCAGCGAGCUCCCCAAUGCAUUCCAGUCUCUGCCUUCUUUGCCUGGAAUCUACCCACAAAGGACUCUUGGCUUAGCUCCCAUUAAGGGGAACCAAGAUCCGAGGGGCUCCCUGAGUCCCUCCUUGCCUGCUUCUCUCCACAAUCAGUAGCUAUCUUUCCCCUUACUGGCUGAAUGGGGUCAUCUGGGUCCCUCCUGCCUCUGCCCCCUCUCUCCUGUCAGCCCCUCUCCUCACCUAUUGUCUGCCUGUCUCAGUUGCUCCCCAAUUCUGUGUGCAGGCUCUCUCCUGAUCCCUUUCUAUCCAUCUUCAAAUUGUCUCUCUCCACUGUCUCUAUGUGGUCCCUUUCAUUCCCACAGUUUCCCUUCCUCUCACAUCCUGUCUGUCUGGGUCUUCCUCUCCGUGCCUCUUGCUCAGUCUCUAUCUCUUUAUCUUAACCAUUGUCUGACUCUUGGUCUCUAAUCCCUGUCUUUUGAUCACUGGGUCUUCUAGACUGGUGAGUGGGGAUUUGGUGGUGAUGAUGGCAGAACUAGGGGAGGACACUGUGAGGCAUAACAGCUAAUAAUCUGAGUUUAUUCUUUGCAAAAGGGAGGGAGAGCCUCUCUAUCUCUGUCUCUGUCUCCUCUUCCCCCCUCCCUAAUCUGGGUCUCUCAGGCUGUGCCUCUUUGAUUCUGCAUUUCUGCUCUUAUUUAGUGUGUGUUUCUUUCUCACUGUGUCUCUUAGUCCCUGGGUCCCUCUCUUUUUCCUCUGGUCUUAACCACUGUCCUUUUUCCUCUUGUGACCUCUCUCUCUCUCUCUCAGACCUGGGCCUGGCUCGAUUCCAGCAUCCCUCACAUACUCUCUCUCUCUGGGGCACCCAGCCCGUCCCUGCCAUGUGGCCUGUCAGUGUCUGGCAGUGGAGCCCGUGGGGGCUGCUCCUCUUCCUGCUGUACAGCUUGUGUGUGGGAUCUCCAUCCCCAUCCACGGCCCCCGAGAAGAAGGACGGGAGCCAGGGGCUGCGGUUCCGGCUGGCCGGCUUCCCCAGGAAGCCCUUCGAGGGCCGCGUGGAGAUACAGCGAGCUGGCGAAUGGGGCACCAUCUGCGAUGAUGACUUCACGCUGCAGGCUGCCCAUGUCCUGUGCCGGGAGCUGGGCUUCACCGAGGCCACAGGCUGGACCCACAGCGCCAAAUAUGGCCCUGGAACAGGCCGCAUCUGGCUGGACAACCUGAGCUGCAGUGGGACUGAGCGGAGUGUGACUGAAUGUGCCUCCCGGGGCUGGGGGAACAGUGACUGUACCCACGAUGAGGACGCCGGGGUCAUUUGCAAGGACGAGCGCCUCCCCGGCUUCUCGGAUUCCAAUGUCAUUGAGGUAGAGCAUCACCUGCAAGUGGAGGAGGUGCGACUUCGACCAGCGGUAGGGCGGGGCAGACGGCCCCUGCCCGUGACUGAGGGACUGGUCGAAGUCAGGCUUCCAGACGGCUGGUCCCAAGUGUGUGACAAAGGCUGGAGUGCCCACAACAGCCACGUGGUCUGCGGGAUGCUGGGCUUCCCUAACGAAAAGAGAGUCAACGUGGCCUUCUACAGGCUGCUGGCCCAGCGGCAGCAACACUCCUUUGGUCUGCAUGGGGUGGACUGCGUGGGCACGGAAGCCCACCUCUCCCUCUGCUCCUUGGAGUUCUAUCGUGCCAAUGACACCGCCAGGUGCCCUGGGGGGUCCCCUGCGGUGGUGAGCUGUGUGCCAAGCCCUCUCUAUGCAGCAGCGUCCAGUGGCCAGAAGAAGCAACAGUCGAAGCCUCAGGGGGAGGCCCGAGUGCGUCUAAAGGGCGGAGCCCACCCAGGAGAGGGCCGGGUAGAAGUCCUGAAGGCUGGCACGUGGGGUACAGUCUGUGACCGCAAGUGGGACCUGCAGGCAGCCAGCGUGGUGUGUCGGGAGCUGGGCUUCGGGAGCGCCCGAGAGGCGCUGAGUGGUGCCCGCAUGGGGCAGGGCAUGGGUGCCAUCCACUUGAGUGAAGUUCGAUGCUCUGGACAGGAACCCUCCCUCUGGAACUGCCCCCACAAGAACAUCACAGCUGAGGACUGUUCCCAUAGCCGGGAUGCUGGAGUCCGAUGUAACCUGCCCUACACUGGGGUAGAGACCAAGAUCCGACUCAGUGGGGGCCGCAGCCGACAUGAGGGACGAGUCGAGGUGCAAAUAGGGGGACCUGGGUCCGUUCGCUGGGGCCUCAUCUGUGGGGAUGACUGGGGGACACUGGAGGCCAUGGUGGCCUGUAGGCAGCUUGGACUGGGCUAUGCCAGCCAUGGCCUGCAGGAGACCUGGUACUGGGACUCAGGGAAUAUAACAGAGGUGGUGAUGAGUGGAGUGCGCUGCGCAGGGACUGAGCUGUCCCUGGACCAGUGUGCUCAUCAUGGCACCCACGUCACCUGCAAGAGGACAGGAACCCGCUUCACUGCUGGAGUCAUUUGUUCUGAGACCGCGUCAGACCUGCUGCUGCACUCAGCGCUGGUGCAGGAGACGGCCUACAUCGAGGACCGGCCCCUGCACAUGCUGUACUGCGCUGCCGAGGAGAACUGCCUGGCCAGCUCGGCCCGCUCAGCCAACUGGCCUUACGGCCACCGGCGUCUGCUCCGAUUCUCCUCCCAGAUCCACAACCUGGGACGUGCUGACUUCAGGCCCAAGGCGGGGCGCCACUCCUGGGUGUGGCAUGAGUGUCAUGGGCAUUACCACAGCAUGGACAUCUUCACUCACUACGAUAUCCUGACCCCCAACGGCACCAAGGUGGCUGAGGGCCACAAAGCUAGUUUCUGUCUAGAAGACACAGAGUGUCAGGAGGAUGUCUCCAAGAGGUAUGAGUGUGCCAACUUUGGAGAGCAGGGCAUCACCGUGGGUUGCUGGGAUCUCUACCGGCAUGACAUUGACUGUCAGUGGAUUGACAUCACAGAUGUGAAGCCAGGAAACUACAUUCUACAGGUGGUCAUCAACCCUAACUUUGAAGUGGCAGAGAGUGACUUCACCAACAACGCAAUGAAAUGUAACUGCAAAUAUGAUGGACAUCGCAUCUGGGUGCACAACUGUCACAUUGGUGAUGCCUUCAGUGAAGAGGCCAACCAGAGGUUUGAACGCUACCCUGGCCAGACCAGCAACCAGAUCAUCUAAGGUGCCACCACCCUCCUCUGCACACCACCACUGGCCCCCAGUGGCAGGGGUCUGAGGCUGCCAUUACCUCAGGAGCUUACCAAGGAAGAAUCCCUGACGUCAGCAGGCCCACAGCACUCAUCCAGUGUGCGCUGUGGGUGUGGAACUGUCAAGCGGAAGUGAUCGCCCUUCUUAGGCCAGCUGUCCGGAUCUAUGGCCACACAGGGGGCACUUUUGCUCCCAGGCCCAGCACCAAGCCAAGUACGCCACAAAGAGGAGCACCUGAUUAACUGCCCAGAACAAAAGACAGCCAGCAGCUCGUUUUCUUCAAGAGGGAGGUCAGAAUGGUCAACUCCAGUAUCUCCCCUCAGUUCAAGGAGAUACAGCUUUACCUCUAACCUUUUAGUGGGGGGACAGAGCAGUGUGCUACCCUCCCCCUCAUUUUUGAGUAUAACAUGUUGCUAGGUAUAAUUUUAUUUUAUAUAAAAAGUGUUUUUGUGA